CGGCAAUUUGUGUUUCCUAUGAAAUGAAACUGAAUAUGAAUCUGAAUAUAAUCACAAAUGCCCUCCAAAACCAUAACACUUAUUUUAUGGGAAGAGGCAGAGGCACUCACUCGUACCUUGCUGCCGUAAAUUUGGUGGAUGCCCGAAUCAUCAAAACAGGUUUCGACCCAAACACAUGCCGCUCCAACUUCCUGUUAAAUAAUUUGCUCCGAAAAGGCCACGUAUGCCAGGCACGUCAACUGUUCGAACAAAUGCCUCACAAAAACACGUGUUCAAUAAACACGUUGAUUUCGGGUUACGCAAAAGGGGGCAAUCUUGCUUCUGCUAGAGAGUUGUUUGACAGCAUGAUUGACCGAACAGCGGUCUCCUGGACGAUUAUAAUUGGUGGGUAUUCGCAGCAUAAUCAACCCAUGGAAGCUUUUGAGUUUUAUUCUGAGAUGUGUAGGUCCGGGACAAUGCCGGAUUCUGUGACUUUUGCGACUCUCUUAUCUGGUUUUGAUGACACAGUGACAGCCAGAGAAGUUGUUCAAGUUCAUGUGCAUAUCAUCAAGUUGGGAUUUGACUCCACCCUUAUUGUUUGCAACAGCUUGAUUGAUUCUUAUUGCAAAACUCGGUGUCUUGAGUUAGCGUUUAAGCUCUUCAAGGAAAUUCCCACAAGAGAUUCGGUGACUUUCAACGCAAUGAUAACAGGGUAUUCAAAAGAUGGAUUGAAUGCAGAAGCACUAGAACUUUUUAUGGAUAUGCAACAGUGGGGUUUAAACCCUUCCGAUUUCACUUUUGCAGCGGUUUUAUGUGCCAGUGUCGGUUUAGACGAUAUCCCCCUUGGGCAACAAGUUCAUGGGCUCAUCGUUAAGGCCAACUUUGUUUGGAAUGCGUUUGUGGGCAAUGCCUUACUUGACUUUUACUCAAAGCAUGAUUGCAUAGAUGACGCAAGGAAACUUUUUGAUGAGAUGCCAGAGUUGGAUGGUGUUUCUUACAAUGUGAUGAUUACAGGAUACGCUUGGAAUGAGCAACACAAUGAAUCCCUCAAUCUCUUCCGUGAAUUGCAGUUCACUAAGUUUGAACGAAAGCAGUUCCCUUAUGCUACAAUGCUGAGUACAGCUGCAAAUAUGCUUGACUUGGACAUGGGAAAGCAAAUCCAUGGCCAGGCGUUGGUGACACAAGCUGAGUCAGAAGUUCUAGUGGGAAAUGCGCUGGUUGACAUGUAUGCCAAAUGCGGCAGAUUUGAGGAAGCAAAUAUGAUUUUUGCAAGUCUGGCACACAAAAGCUCAGUUCCAUGGACAGCCAUGAUCUCAGCUUAUGUCCAACACAGACUCCAUGAAGAAGCCCUUGAACUGUACAAUAAGAUGCGUAGAUCCAGUGUUCCGGGUGACCAGGCGACUUUUGCCAGCACAUUAAGCGCUUCUGCAAAUUUGGCUUUGCUUUCACUGGGGACACAAUUGCACUCAUCUUUAAUCAGAUCAGGAUUCAUCUCAAAUGUUUUUUGUGGUAGCGCACUUCUGGACGUGUAUGCAAAAUGUGGCUCCAUAAAGGAUGCAAUUCGAAUUUUCCAGCAGAUGCCUCAUAGGAAUAUUGUGUCUUGGAAUGCUAUGAUCUCUGCUUAUGCUCAAAAUGGUGAUGGUGAAGCCACUCUUCGGUCAUUCAAAGAGAUGAUUCAGUCAGGUCUUCAGCCAGAUUCAGUAAGCUUCCUCAGCCUUCUGACUGCCUGUAGCCAUCGUGGGCUUGUUGAAGGAGGAUUGUGGUGCUUCAAUUCGAUGAUUCAGACCUAUAGACUUGUUCCAAAAAGAGAACACUAUGCAUCUAUAGUUGAUGUGCUGUGUCGAAGUGGAAGAUUCAAUGAAGCAGAGAAAUUAAUGGCUCAAAUGCCAUUUGAGCCAGACGAGAUUAUGUGGUCAUCAAUUUUAAACUCAUGUAGGAUUCAUAAGAAUCAAGACCUUGCCAAAAGGGCCGCAGACGAACUCUUCCAUAUGGAUGUGCUUAGAGAUGCUGCUCCUUAUAUCAACAUGUCUAAUAUCUAUGCAGCAGCGGGCCAAUGGGCUGAUGUCGGGAAGGUGAAGAAGGCGAUGAGAGAACGAGGAGUUAGGAAAGUGCCUGCAUAUAGUUGGGUUGAAAUUAAACAUAAGGUUCAUGUAUUCACGGCGAACGAUAGGACCCAUCCACAAAUCAAGGAAAUAACAAUAAAACUAGAUUCCUUGGGGAAGCGGAUGGAGGAGGAAGGGUACAAGCCUGAUACAAGUUGUGCUCUUCACAAUGUGGAUGAAGAAAUCAAAAUAGAGUCUCUCAAAUAUCACAGUGAGCGGUUAGCUAUUGCCUUUGCACUGAUGAGUGCACCGGAAGGGUCACCGAUACUGGUUAUGAAGAACCUUCGAGCUUGCACAGACUGCCAUGCUGCAAUAAAGGUGAUUUCAAAAAUUGUUGCAAGGGAAAUUACAGUUAGGGAUUCAAGCAGGUUCCAUCAUUUUAUAAAUGGGGUUUGCUCCUGUGGCGAUUAUUGGUAACAAAUGGACCCAAAAAGGAGCAAGCUUUUCCUUCAGCUGACCGACAAUUUUCAUGGCUCAACUCGAGCUGAAUUUUUGUCUAAAUGCAACUACUUAGGUUGCUUAUGGUUCCUUCGCAUCUGACACUUCUAAAAGCAUUAUUUGAGGUGAGAUUCUGAGCGCCCAAGGGAAUGGCCAAAAGUUUGGAAUUGCUUUGGAGACUGAAGAUAUUAUAUAAAUCAAGGGCCACUUACCCUGGAAUGAGUUGCUU